AUUUUGAUUUGAUUUCUUAACGUUUUUUAAGUUUCUUCUGUGAAUAUUUUUUUCAUUAAUUUUUAUAUGAAUUCCGCAUUUGAGCUUAUUACCACUGCCGCAAUCAGCUUUUCAAAAUGAUUGAUAUUUUCAGAAGUAUUCAAACUUUGAUUAAAUUAGGAACUGUUCAUACCGACAAUAAUGUAUUUAAGUUACAUUAUAAAAUUACUGUAGUGUUGUUAGCGGGUUUCUCUAUAUUAUUAACAAGCAAACAGUAUUUUGGAGAACCCAUCGAUUGCGAUGUAGAACAAAGAAAAGAAACUAUAGAUACGUUUUGUUGGAUACAUGGAACUUUUAUUGUGAAUGAGAAUUUAGGUGAUUCCCGUGUACCUGGUUUGGGAAUAAUUAGCAAAGCACAUGAACCUGGAAGCAAUGGGAAAGAUAGCCCUACAAACAGUCAAAAUUAUUACCAAUGGAUUUGUCUAAUUUUUGGAUUCCAAGCAGUUCUGUUUUAUUUGCCCAGAUAUUUGUGGAAAGCUUGUGAAGCAGGAAGACUGAAAGAACUUGUAGGGGAGUUUGGGGGGCCACUUGUUUCUGAUAAAUGGAAUCAAAUGGAAAGAGAUAAAUUGUUGGCAAAUUUCUUAGGUAGUACACAUAUACACAAUAUGUAUACAUUUAGGUACUGCUUUUGUGAAGUCCUCAAUAUGUUAAAUGUGAUAGCAAACAUCUAUUUCAUGGACUGGCUGGUAACAGGAGAAUUCGCUGGUUAUGGAAUACACCACGCUACUUAUAAAACUGUUAAUCCCAUGGACAGAGUUUUCCCCAAAAUUGCUAAGUGUACAUAUUACAAAUACGGACCUUCCGGAGAUGUUCAACUUCUGGAUGCUCUCUGUAUACUACCUCUAAAUGUAUUAAACGAAAAGGUCUUCCUUAUCCUGUGGUACUGGUUUUAUAUUUUAUUAUUUUUUUCUGUGUUAUGUGUUGUCUACAGGGGACUGUUUGUAUGUCUUCCUUCAUUUAGGACAUACUUGUUACGAGCUCAAACUCGGAAAACGGAUAGAAAAAAAGCGAAGUUUAUUAUUGAGAAAAUUUCGUAUGGAGACUUUUUUGUGUUAUACAAAUUCGGCAAGAACGUAAAUCCGACUUUGUAUAAAGAUAUUGUUAAUUCUUUGUAUGAACAACUACUUUCUAGAUAUCCUUACAGAGUACAAGACCUUUAAAAAAUGUAUAACGAAAGUUAAUACAUUUAUAAAUAGACUAUUAUAAAUUUCAGAAAUAUCAAUCAUACACUACAUUUAACUGUGUUAACAGUUUUGUACGAGUAGGAAUAUUUUCUUUGAGAGUGUCCUCAUCAGUGGAGAUUGGUAAUGUAUUCGAUACCAAACCAUACUUUGAUGUUGGUUAUUUAUCUAAGAUUUGUUCAAUUUUUGUUCACCUAUUUCGGUAUAAUACCUCUUAUCAGGGGCGUGCGGUGAAAUUUGAAACAGAGGAAGCAAUUUGUAAAAAAAUUGUAAAAACCCCUAUUUAUAAUGUAAUUCAAUUCUUCUAUCUGAACGAAAGUCUCGGUCAUCAAAAUUCUUAAACCUAUUUUCCAUUCGUUGGCAUAUUUGAUCUAAAAUCUGAUAGUAUUAUAGACUAUAAUAGUCGGGGUAGCACUAUUAGACAUCUCCAACAUUAUCAGUGCGUACGAGUAUACGUUUCUUUUCUUGCCAUCAUAUUAUUCCAACAUUUUUCAAAGUCAUCUCUCUCUUUUUGUUAAUAACAUCUUUAAAUUCGCCAAUUUUUUUUACACAGAAACCAAUCUCGGUUAUCUUGCAUUGCAAUACAUUAAAUAAAUUAUCUGAGAAUGUAAAUAUUUCUGAAAAAAGCAAAGUUAAAAAACUCCAAAAACCCGCUCGAGCUAUUUAUGGUUUCUGUAUCCCACUUUUCACAUUUUCGCCAUUUCCCAAAACUAAAUUAUAUUUAUUUAUAUAAAUAAUUAAAUAAAAUCAGUCUUCAUAAUUCCACAAAAUCAGUCGACGAAGCCCGUCAUUGUCAAAUGCUGUUAAAUCCCAUUUAAAUUCACGAAAACAGCUCCUUGUAUGCAGUUGACAAAAUUGCUUAUAAGCGAAAGAUAUGCCCGAAAUUUGAACUAGCCACUCUGCGUGUAUAGUUUAAGUAAACAAUACAGUGAAACGGGUCAGAUUUGUAAUUCCUGCUAGUUCCCCUUUAAUAUAGUUCGGAGGCUGGUUGUUUUUUCUGGUAAUUAAAUAUGUAAUUAAAAAUAUUUAUUUUUACUUAGAUAUACCGUUAAAGCAGGACAUAUCGUAUGUACUAAAAUUAAUUAUUAAUUAAUUAAUUAAUCUUAAAUUAAACAACAUUUUACACUCCAUUAUCGAGCUUUAAAUCACACACCUAUACUCCAGUAAGACAUACUACUGAACUAAAAGUUUUGUAAAACUUGUAAAUGUCUGAGGGGACCGAUUAUGUGGGUGUGAAAAACAGAUGACAUCAAACGAACCGCCUCUUAAAACAUCUUUGACAAAGAAUACCAAAUUUUGCCGACCUUAAAGCUGUUUCACAAUAAAAAUUUCUCGAACUAUAACCCCGGUGAUUUUUACAUAGACUGAGGAGAAGCAAAUUUUAAAUCAGAUUAUCUGCCGACAUGACUCCAAAUACCAACGUAAAAAUACGAUCAUGACCUAUGGGUCCGCGUACGGAACGAAAGCUAGAAAUACAGCAUGCAGCGCUGCUUAAGAGUAUUUCAUUGCUCUGUUAUUUACUGUAUGGCAAAGAUAGAGUAAAAUACGUUUGGCUUUUGUUAUUACUUACUGCUUGUAUUACAUAAUUAAAUAUUCUCGUAUGCAUCUUUAAAUCAGCCUGCUUCUGCUUAUGUGUUUGUUCAGUUUUUUUUAAAUAAUCUCAGUUACUUACUCAGUUGGUACGGUAUUACCUACGGAAACCAAUGCUUCCAUGGACCGCACGCCCCUGCCUCUUAUUUUUAAUCUUUUAUAUUAUUUAGCGAUCUGGUAUGCUUUUUCUUUCAGAUUUUUACUUUUAUCAUCAACUGUAGCGUUUUUCUCACACUACCUGGCUUAACGGCCCCGUUUUGUAAUGUUUAAUGAUUUCUAUCGUUUUAUUCAGUUAUUUUGCUCCCUAUAUACUAAAACUGUUCUCUAUCGUUAUGUUCAAAUUUUGAUAACGUAAUCUAGAUUGAAUUAUAAGCCAAGAAAACAUGAGAGAAGGUUGGCAAUCAUCAUGCCUAUUUAGACCUUGGAGGCAGCUGCUCUUAACAGUUGCCUUGAGCUGCAACCAAACCAUUCUCUCAGGUUGUUCAACCAGGAAACACGUCUCCUUCCUACACUUCUCCUACCCUCUAUUUUUCCUUGAAUUAUGAGUCUCAAGAUGGUAUAUCUUUCGCCUCUCAUCACAUGUCCGAGAUAUUACAAUUUCCUUUGUUUUAUUGCGUUCUCUCUCUCUCUCUCUCUCUCUCUCUCUCUCUCUCUCUCUCUCUCUGCGCCUAUUCUCCUUAACACUUCUAUAUUCGUAACGCUAUCUACCCAUGAAAUCCUUAACACAAUUCUAAAUACAUAUCCACAUUUCAAACGCGUUAAGUCUAUUUAUUGCAUUUUGAUUUAAUGUCCAUGAUUCUGCGCCAUGGUAAAGCACACUGUACACAACAUUUAAUUAGUAGUCUGAGGGCCAAUGUCAAAUCUUUGCUGCAUAAAAUGUUUUUCAUCUUCACCAAGUUGGCAUGUGCUUUUUCAAUUCUCACUCUUAUUUCUGCAGUAUAAUCGUUAUUUUCUGUGAUUACCGUUCCCAAGUAACUAUAUUUUUGUACUCGCUCAAUCUGCUGGCCGCCUACCGUUAAUAUUUCGUUUGUAUUGUUGUUCUUGCUAAUUUUCCUAAAUUAUUUGGUUUUUUUUAUGUUAAGAGAGAGCCUGUAUUCUCCAUUGAGAAUUGUCGGUUCAUUGUUAUUAAUUUUCAAGUUGCAGUUGCAGAAUUACACAAUAUACAACCGCAAACAUUCAUAAACAAAGCAUCAAUUAAAUUGAGGCAGCUCUACUCAGUAUUAUAUAUAUAUAUAUAUAUAUACCUUUGUCAUUUGCCAAUGAAAGUGCCGUUCUCCGUUUGGCCAGCUAGCUUAAUCUCACUCACAAAUAACUUCUGUCAGGCAUUUAAACACUUUGCAUAAACGUUGUCUUCUAUAUAUCCGACAAAUAAAAUCUUGCUGGCUGGGACUACCUUGACACAUUCACCUCGGUGGUGGUAUUGAGAAAAUGUCGAACGUCAAUACCGAAAUGUAUCUGUAAACCAUCCAUGUGAUACCACACACUGCGUCUUUUCAACCAUGGAACAUCCUCAAAAAGUUCUGGCAAGUCGUCAAUAGAGAACUGUAGGUCAUUUUAUGCAGUAAACGGUAGGAAAAGAGUUAGCAACAGGAUCAAUCAGUAAGUCAUCUCUUUGUCCAUUCCAGACAAAAAUUUUAUUGAAAAAGUGACUGCUGCAUUGCAUGCGGAUUGUGCACAAAUAAUUAUGUAAUGCAUAUUUCCGAUAUUAUCUGUAUUCGUCUUCGUAUUCGUCACUCUGUGAUGAAUGUGGGCGAUACCUCUAAUUGAAAACAAUUUUGACUAUAACUUUGUAACUGCAUAACUUAAGAGCGUAGGCUCAAAAUUUCGGGCCCAUGCUUUUUAAAUGUAUUUAUUUUUGUCGAAUCCUGAGAAAACAUAAAUAUUCUUGAAAAAUUUAAACACACAAUGAAAGAUUACAUUAUUACCAAGAGCCUAAAGUCCCUAAGAAUAAACAUAAAGUUUUUUAAUGAGAUAUUUAAAAUUAAAAAUCACACUCAAUUUUCUCUUAUUUUUCACCCUGAAACUUAUUAAAAUAAACAUUAUAUAAGUUUUCAGGGGCUUUCGGCCCUCGGUAAUAAUGUAAUCUUCCAUUUUGCGAUUAAAUUUUUCAAAAAUUUGAUUAGUUUUCUCAGGAUUCGAAAAAAAUGAAUGCGUUUAAAAAGCAUUGGCCCGAAAUUUUGCGCCUAUGCUCUUAAAAGAGCAUGAUAAGAAUGGGCCUACAAUUUUUAUGUUUUUCCUCUUAUAAUUGAAUCUAGUUUACGUUCCCGAAAUUUGAACAUAACGAUCGGACACAUUUUUGUAUUUCUUCUGAUUAUGCUGAUUUUGACAAUAAUAUUGAUAAAGUUGCCUUUGAUAUGACCAUCCAUUUGGUUUUCUUAACUUUUAUCUUCAGCUUUUGGAUGCAGUAUCAACUGCUUAGCGAAAAUUUUCAAGAACUCUCAUAGGGACUUGUUUCGUAUUGCUAACCUUGCUCUUUUCUUUUGAGUUUAACUUGAGACUAUUUCUUUAUACUUUAGAAAGAUUUUUUAUUUUGUUUUCCUUUUUGCCUAAAUAUUUUUAUUGUAUAUCUCUAUUAACAUUUUAUUUUGCUUUGCUUUUUCUUCCUAAUAGGUAGUUAUAUGAAUACAUGUUUUCGCUGACUUUUUGCACGUAUAUGUAAAAGCAGCGUGUAUUAUUCCUAUGUUCUGUUGCAUCUCCAUGUUUCAUUAAUGUUAUUUAAAUCUGCGUUAAAGUCAUGUUAAUAGUAUCCUUGAUGUCCUACUUUUCGAAUAUUUUCAAACUGAUUGCCAUUAAUGAUUAUCAAUUAGCCGUUCAAAGAAUCACAUUCCAACUCAAUUAUUUUUGUUAUCUGACGUACUCUAUAUAAUUUAACCUAAUAAAAUAGUCAAUUUUUCAUACUAAACCGAACAUUUAGUUUUUUAAUACUAAAUGACUAAAAUAUAUAUAUAUAUGUCUGAUAUUUCUUGAUUAUUUAUAUUCAUACUACAUGUUAUUACUAAAAUCUGUAGAUUCAGAUUACUACUAGUUUUCUAGUUUUAGAAAAAAAUCCUUUUUGGAUUUAAAAGAAUUAUUUAUUUUCUUUGUUAAAUUGAGUAUGUAUAAGAAUCAAACAGUUCCUUGGUUUUUGUUAUACAAUAUUAAAAAACUGUGAUAUAUCAUAGUACUUAAAUGUAGUAAUGUUGUUUUCAUAAUAAUAAUUUCUGUUAUUAAUAAAUGUUUUGUCAUGAUAUUGCUCAAAACGUUAAAUAUUUAGAAUAGUUUAUUCAGUUGCCAUAAUGUAUUGUUACUAUUGAAAAUUACUAGACUGAGUAAUUAUAAGAUUUAGUUGAAACAUUAAGAAUUUUUUAAAAAUUACGUUUAUAAGACCAAAAAGCACAAAUUGUGCGUGAUUGAGCCUUUCGAAUGAAAAAAAAUAUAAAAUAAUACAUUUGUUGUCUUACAGUAUUGUUCUGUGAUCUCUUGUAAGUAGAAAUAGUUUUUUUGUUCUUUAUCAAUGUUAAUGUUUUUUACAAAUAAAGUUUAAUUGAUUUCUUA